AAUUAAAAACAAAUCGAAUGACAGUGGAGACUGACAAAAUUUUAGGUCAAAAUCUGUCAUAACAUUUUUUAAUACUUAGUUCUUAUUUUCUAUAUUCCAUAAUGCGUGAAAACGACAAGCCCGUAAGUAUGACUUCUUUCGCGGAGUUAACGAAACAAGUCCAUUUAAUCAACGAUUUGAUUUUAGCUGAUAUGACUUGUGAAAACGUAGAUACAACCAAAAUAGCGGUGACGUUUAGCAAACACCUUCUGGCUACCAAGUACUGGUUCGCGCGCAUAUCUUACGCCAACAAGAAGAGGUACUUACUGGCGCUACUUCAGGAUGUGCGCAGUGCGUGGACGCUCUCUCUACUCCUCAAGUCCAUGUGGAACUGCCGGCCUAAGGAUGCCGUUAUGUCUAUUAGCGAACAGAACGUGUUCUCAAGUUACGACCAGGUCCCGAUGGACCACAACAGAACAGCCUUGCCUGUGCACACGUUGGCGCAAGUCAUGAAGAACGACCGCUUGUGGUUUCUUUCACUGGAUCCGGAGUCCCAAGCUCUGGUUUUAUCAGAAUUGCUAACAGUGGCAGGAGGGCCAGCCAUGUGGGAAGUCUUGCGCCUCGCACGCCGGCUCUUCGAAAGAAACCGUGAACUGAUGCUGAAGAACAUCCAGGAGUGCAUCGUCAUCAAUAAUGGAUCACAGAAACCCAAAGGCGAUCAACCACAGAGCCGUGAAGCCUUCGCAUCUGAUAACGGACAAACCGCAGCACCUCCGUCAGAGGCACAGAAAGAACUGGAUGCAAACCUGGCAAUAUGGAAUUCUACAAUAAAGGGGAUGCGAGAUAACCUGAAACUGGAAGAAAUGGAGAUGACCUUCAAUGAUGGCUCCAAGAGAAAGAUUUGGAAGGUCAAUAGAACUAGGCCUGAAGUCGUCGAAACUGUAGAUUUUGUACAAAUGCUACCAUCUUCUGUAGGCAAGAAGAUCCUGUCCUACCUUCCUCGUGCGCAGCUAGGCGACUAUGCAAGGGUCAACAAGUAUUGGGCCUAUUUAGUUGAUGAGUACCGCGCUGAGCUUACAGCAAGAGCGAAAAUAAACGUGGACUUUGAGAAGUUUCACGACUUGCUACUCCGCCACGACACAAGCUUGGAACUGUUCAUCCCGCCAGAUGAGCAAGUGAACCCGCCAAGCUCUCAGGGUGUGAGCAUUCUGCACUCCAACAGAGGCCGGCAGCCACUGCAGCCCAGCAUGAAAGCCAGCGAGAAGUCUGCUGGCGCUUACUCCUUGAGGCUUUUCUUGUCGGAGAAACUGACCAAGCCAAUGAUAAUUCAGAAACCAAUACGAAACAUGCGAGACUUAUCAGAGAGGCUGGAAAGACGCGGUGCUGCUGACGAGAACAUUUGGAAAUGGUGCGACUGCAUACUAGCACAUGCCAAGAGAAUAAAGAAAGUCCAUGAAAAAACAAAAGAAGAAGAUGGUGUACUAUCGUUGGGUGACGUGCAUUUUCCAUGCCCUCUGAUGAAAGUCAGUGUGGAAAUUCCCCUUAUUCCACCUCUGUAUAAGGACCCGAUAAUGAGCACCUCCGCCAAACCAAAGAGAAUGAUGUCGGAUUAUCACUUCGUGCACGCCCCAAAGGAAGUUGUGAAGAGAUACAGCUUGUGGACUCGAGACCUCUCGACUUUGUACCAUGUGUUCAAAAUACCAUCUUAUUUGAGCCCUGAGCCUACUGGACUUCAGCGAGAGCCUGGUACUAUGACAACUUCACAUAUAUAAGACCAUUGGCCCUACAUAUUUUAUGAAGGUUUUGUUCAUACA